UAGCCCACACAGCGGGACCAAAUGAUAGGAGCAACAGUGGUUUAUUGGUAGAUGGAAGGAACACUGGGAUAUAACCAGAAGUAAGUGAAGAAGGAGAGAAAUCUCAGCCACUCAGAACAUUUGGGAGAGUGGGGGAGGAAACAAAGAGAAGAGGAGUGACCUGAGGUGGAAAACCAGAGGACUGAAACAGCACAGCUGCUGACCUCUGUCCGCUGGUCCACAAUGUCUGUCCAGCUGCACACGCUACUGACCCUCUGCCUGACCGUCACACAGGGUGGAUGUACGUUUUCUAGCAACCACUGGGGCGAAUGGAACGGCUCUCAGCUUCAGCCCACGAUUCAGAAGCUGAUGAAAGGAUACAACCGCUACCUCAGACCUAAUUUCAAUGAGGGUCCUGUGGAAAUUGGAAUGAGUCUUGACAUCGCCAGCAUUGAUGCCAUCUCUGAAAUCAAUAUGGACUACACUGCGACCAUCUUCCUCCGUCAGCGCUGGCGUGACUCCAGGCUGGUGUUCCCUGGAAAUGAGAGCGUCAGUGUGGACGGACGCCUCGUGUCACUGCUGUGGAUCCCUGACACCUUCAUCCCCGACUCCAAACGUUCCUUCCUGCAUGACGUCACGGUGGAAAACCGCCUCAUACGCAUCUUCAGCAAUGGAACAGUUCUCUAUGCCCUACGCAUCACGGCUACCAUCGCCUGCAACAUGGACCUGACCAAGUAUCCCAUGGACAGACAGGAGUGCACCCUGCAGCUGGAGAGCUGGGGCUACAACCUGCAGGAUGUGGUGUUCUAUUGGACCAGAGGGAAUGACUCAGUGAAGGGUCUUGACAUUCUGCGGCUGGCUCAGUACAGCGUAGAGAGCUACUAUACAUCAGUGUCAGAGGCUGUGUAUGAGACAGGACAAUACCCCAAGCUGGUGCUGCAUUUUGCAUUGCGUAGAAACGUGCUGUUCUUCAUCUUGGAGACGUACGUUCCCUCCAUUCUGCUGGUGGUUCUCUCCUGGGUCUCUUUCUGGAUCAGCCAGUCCUCCGUCCCAGCCAGGACCUGUAUCGGGGUGACAACAGUCCUGACGAUGACCACACUGAUGAUGGGCGCCCGCACCUCCCUGCCCAAUGCCAACUGCUUUAUCAAGGCCAUAGAUGUUUACCUGGGGAUCUGCUUCACCUUCAUCUUUGGUGCACUGCUGGAGUACGCCUGUGCCCACUUCUACACCAUGCAGCACCAGACCAUAGAGGACUUACACAGGGAGCUUCUGAAGGAGUUCAAUGAAUCCAAUGGAAACGGCUCCAUUCCCAUCGUCAGCUCCACCCAACCGAACCAGUCUGUGGAUAUCGGCUCCACUGCAGAGGAGACCACGGAGCAGUCAGCGGACAGUGACACAAAGAACAAUGCUGGAUCAAAAGAGAGGGCAGUGUCAAAGCAGGGCUGCGGCCUGUCUUCAGUGAAGGACGCAUCACGCAGGGCAGCGUCCGUCUUCAUUGUGGAGAAUCCGCACAACAUCGAUCGCCAUGCUCGCACCGUUUUCCCCACGGCGUUCCUCUUUGUCAAUAUCCUCUACUGGCUUUACUAUCUUUUUUUCUGAGCGCUGCUUCCAAGCUGCUGCAUAGUUCAUUUCACCAUCCUGAAGCUGCUCUACCUCCUCAUUUGAGACCCAAAUACCAGUUGCCACUGCCUGGAUCUAAACAAGCUUUUUUUCUAUCACAUAUACGAAUCCUUUAUACCCCACAGACAGGCUGCAAAGUGAUGACAAGCAGCUGACAUAUAAACACGUAGAGGGGAAGAUAGAAAGUCUGUCUGUUUACUGACGAUUCAAUAGAACAAAUGAGGAUGAGUUUUAACAAUAGACUGCCUGAACUGCAUCACACUAUACUGUGUUGCAUCCAACUGCCUUCAUUAGGUGACUGACGUAGAUGUUUUCUUUUCUUGUUUUGGCUUUCAUACAUCGUUUGUGUGAGACCAUAUAUUGU